AUGUCGGAGUUGUCGAUAGAAAUGAUGUCGUCUGACCUCGAAGAGGACUGUUUUUCUCCACAUUCUCCAGAAAAGUCUUUACACUAUAAUCUCGUAGUAAAGAAUGAAGGUGAACUUUGUUUCGGGUGUGGUGACAUCAUCAUGGACCGGUUUCUGUUGCGCGUGAACAGUCGGUCGUGGCACGUGCAGUGUUUGCGGUGCAGUGUGUGUCACGCGGGCCUCGAGAGACAGUCGUCGUGUUUCAUCAGGGAUGACAACAUCUACUGUAAAGUAGACUACGCUAGAGAAUUCGGAGCAAAAUGUGCAAAAUGUCUUCGUCACAUUCAGCCCAACGACUGGGUGAGGCGCGCGCGGGAGAGCGUGUACCAUCUGGCCUGUUUUGCGUGUGAUUCCUGCAAGAGACAGCUCUCCACGGGGGAGGAAUUCUCGCUACACGACAGCCGGGUCUUGUGUAAGACGCACUACAUCGAGAUACUGGAAGGAGGGCCUAGUCCAGACUCGGACUCGAGCCAGAAGUCGAAAACGAAGCGAGUUCGCACGACGUUUACCGAAGACCAGGUGCAGGUGCUGCAGGCAAACUUUGUGCUGGACAGUAACCCGGAUGGACAGGACCUGGAGAGGAUAGCCCAGAUCACCGGCCUCAGCAAGCGCGUGACGCAGGUGUGGUUCCAGAACUCGCGUGCCCGCCAAAAGAAGUACCAGCAGCAGCAGCAACAGAAGAACACGAGCGGGUCCUCGGGGACUCCCAGCCCGAGAGACUGUCUCACCAUUAUCACCUGCCACAGUCCUCAGUGGUCCAGCGGUGAAGAGUGUGGGUCAAACAGUGGACUCUCGUUCAUGGACUAACGCAUUCUAGUGCCAUCAACUCCAGACUAUAAAGUGCACAAGCCGUACGGUGAUAUAUUGCGGACUAUUUCUAUUGGUGUAAUGUCGUCACAGAUUAUUGCGCGGACUUGCAAUGGAACACAGUGCAAUUGCUGUAAAACGGCGUUCUCUAGUACGCAAACGUGUAUAUAACAUGACAUUAUUUAUUUUUGUACAUUAUUGUGUAUAUAUCAAUUGUAUAUAUGUGUAUAUGCUAUUUAUUGUUAACCUGGUGACUAUGUGGUUGCCAAUUGUACAGUUUUAAGUUUAUUGUAUAUAUACAUGUAUUCACAUGUAACUAUAAUAUUGUGAUUGUGUGGCGA